AUGCGUUUCUUCCUUGCUAUCUCAACUCUUCUGGCCGUUGCCACUGCAGCGCCAGCCUCGACUGCGCAGAACAUUCAAGACGUCCAGAGCAACGCCGCUGCUUUUAUGGAAGCCAAGAAGGCCUCAGGAUGUGAUUGGCUUGCUUGCGUCUCCUCUCUUGCUGGAGAGAGCGCUGCGUGUGCUGCAGCUGCAGCAGAGCUUGGUGCUAAUCCCAUCGCGGAUGCGGCUUGUAUCGCUUCUGUCGGUACCUCUACUGCUUCCUGCAGGAAGUGUGGCUAA